AGAAAAUCAAUCCAUGGGGUCUGUAAGUUAGGGGUUCAAUGAAUCCCAUGCUAAUUCUUACCAUAUCGGGUUAGUCAGGUCACCCCGAAUCACGGGGAUUCCGAGAUGUGGAUCGCGAUAAUCAAUCUAAGUCACUUCGUUCCCUGAUGCUUUGUAGACUAGUCCAAUAUAGAAAGAAGAUUCCUCUGCGCAAUAGCUCGAUUACACUUUAAACAUCUAAUUGAUAUGAUCAAAUAUGGCCAGUGAAACGAGACAUAUGAAGACCAUUCGCUUAGCGACAGCGUGCACUGAAUGUCGGCGUCGGAAGCAGAAGUGCAGCCGUGAAUGGCCUUGCAAUCAAUGUCAAGCGAGGAGGCUAUCGCAUCUUUGUAAAUUUACUUCAAAAAGGGAAUCAAAGACAUCGAAACGGUCCUCAAGUAAUUCCAGAGUGAUGAACGUGACCGAAAGAAACGAUGUAUACAUGGAGCGAGAACCCCUGAGGGAUACCAGCAUACCGCCUACAAAUGCAAAAGAUCUCCGGGUUUUAGGGUAUCUUCCUGAUAAUUUGGGUGGCUCGGGACGGAGCGUUAGUAUUAGUAUUCCACAAGGAACUCCGUCUCCCGAGUUCGAGAACGUCUUGCGGAUGAUCCCUCCAAAGCCCUACACAGAUAUACUUGUGCAACAUUUUCUAAACGAAACAAAUUACCAAUACUACUGUAUAUAUCCGCCCACAUUUUCUCUUGAAUACUCUGCAUGGUGGGCUGGCAAAGCAAAAGGUCAACCGUUGACUUCAGAGUUUACAUGUCUAUUGCUACGAGUGUGUGCAUGUUCUGCUCUAUUUCUCGGUCCAGGGGACCGACAGAAGCUGGAGUCCGAGCUAGGAGAAAGCAUCCAGAGACUUUCAGAGCGUUAUCAUCAUGCUGCUAGACAACUGAGCGGCACAAUAUCACCAGGAAAAGGCGGCCUAACACAAGUGCAGCAGCUAUUCCUCACGGCCUGUUGGUUAAAAACCGAAGCUCUAUUUGUUGAGUCGUGGCACGCUCUAAGCUCUGCAAUUCACGAAGCUCAAGAACUAGGCCUACACAGAAGCUCUUCAAGAUCAGGUUUUAGUGAGUUCGAACUCGAAAUGAGAAGGCGUAUCUGGUGCAUAUUGUACACCUGGGACUGGCAAAUGUCACAGCUGUUGUCCCGUCCUGUUAUUAUCAACAGCAGUUACUGCUCUGUUGAAACUCCUAAUCUGCGACUGGAAAACCCCGACCCCCAAAUAGAAUUACCUUCACCGAUAACACACAUGUCCUUACUCUGCCAGUUGGGGCAAGAGAUAUCGAAAAUACCUGGCGUGAUGUGUGGAGAUCCUUCUCCCAUGCAAGCCUUCUCUGUCCAAGAAGAGACUGAAAAGUGGUUUGCUUCAUUCCCAUCCGCCUUCAGGCUUGUAUGCCCCGACACUCGCUGGGACAGCACUCACAAAUAUGUGGUUAUGCAACGCCUUCAGCUACAUGCCAUAGGCUAUAUGGUAAUGUUGAUGCCAUUAAAGCAAUGCCUCGUACAGGCUCUUGACCAAGACACACCCAGUGUCCAAAAGAGUCUCCAGUCAUAUGCCAUUGGCUACGCGCUCAAGCUAAUGGAUGCAUCUUAUCGAUUACUGGGCUGCAUGCUGCCCAUGAAUGCCAAGUUCUACUUCGCGCCAUUCCUGAUUUUUGAUACAGCCACCUUUCUAUGCUCUGCUAUAAUCCACGACCAUAGUCAACAUCUUCCCCAACGGGAAACGGUCAUUAGAACACUCAGCAUGUCCAUAAACAUGCUGGAGCAGGUUCGUGGCUCCAAAACAGGUGCCAUAUGCUACUCAAUUCUCAAGAGACUCAUACAUGAGCUUCCGCUUUCUUCUACAGAAAGGAUAUCUAUAGGCCAUAUAUCUUCUGAAAAAGUGGAUAAAGGACCUUAUACCACCCUAGAAAGUCAACACAUCUCGACAUUGUUACAAGACGAUGGUCUGUCUAUUGCACAUGCCGUCUUACCUCCGAGCAUAGCUGGGGUUGGGAGUCAUGAAUUUGUGCCGUUGGAGUUAGCAUCCUCAGAGGCGACAGGCAGUGGGUUGGCGGAUAUAGCUAACGUAGACUUGGGUACUUUCAGCCAAAUCUGGGACUGGGGAGACCUUGACCUCGACUUUCUUUGCCCUCCAAGAGACACCUAAUGUUCACUAGUCAGCAUAAAGUACAUAGAUGACUAAUGUGAGAAUAAAUACUGCUUAGUAAGGGAGAAAGUGGUUAGGGCAAGGCUAGUCCAUAUACAGCUAGUAUCAUCCAAACCCACAAGCGGAGACGCGAUUUUCUUUGGCGGCGGGCGGCGGGCGGCCUUUUUA